AUGGAAACAGGUGUUCUUUUUCCACAAACCAAUGAGAAGAAGUCAAAGAAGUCGAAGAAAACUGACGCUGGGUCUUCGGGUACCAAGGUGAAGCCAGUCAGUUCUUCUAAAAGUCCAAAGCAGGUUCCUAUUAUUGAAGCCGAGCCAAUCCAACCAGAGCCUAUUGUUGCUGAUACCCAGUUAACUGAAAAGGAAGUUAUUCCUUCGAAGACUGGUGUAUUUAUAAGAAUCAAAAUGAAAUUGAAGUCAAAGCAUAAGGGACGAUCCUCUCUUACGAAUAUUGUUCACAAACCUCAAGUUUCACAUCAAGGGAUAAUUUUUCUUGAAGUACCUGCUCCUGCUUCACCGUCUUCGAAAAAGCGAAUAGUUGCUGACAUGGCAAAACAAAUCUCAAAGAAUAACAAGCGUAGGGUGAUUCUUACCUCAGAAUCUACUGCCGACGAGGGUGAAACUAUUCUUGAGACACCUGAGGCAGAUUUGAUUAAAGAUUCUUCUCAACUAGAUACCUCAGUUAGUACACCACCCAAAGUUUUGAUUGCUAAAAUAGUCACUGUGGAGGCACGAACUUCAGACAUCUCUGUAAACAUAUCUGAUAUGGAUACAAAUGUCAUCAUGGGUGAGGACGAUUCGAAUAAAGCAGCAAAAGGUAACCUUUCGAGUGUUGUUUCAUAUUCUUUCAUUUCUUUACCUCAACAGAUUACUCCCAUUGUUCCUAUAACAUCCACCACUGAUUCUCCAACCUUUGCAAACAUUAUUUCACAACCUUUCACAACUCUUUUUUCUUCACAAGCCACUGAUCCACCAACCACUACUUCUCCGAUAAAAGAUUCAUUCAUAGAUACGGAAAAUGAGUCUGAAGGUUUUGGGGGAAGUUUUGAGAAUCUGGAGUUUGAUGAAGAGGAAACAGGCUUCCCAUAUCAUAUGCUCAUGAUGAUGAAACAAUUCAAAAUCUUGAAUACGAAGCUCAAUUCGAUUAUUGAAUCUCAAGCUGAUCUAGGGGCAGUUACAAAAUUUGCAAGGUUAUACGAAAGUCUGAGCCCUCAGAUUACUCAGCUUUCAACUAAUGAUAACAAGAAUUUUAUGGAGGUGUUCGAACUCUUGAAGGAGCUUAAAAGUCUAUCUUCAAAGCCUACUGUGUCUUUGCUAUCUUCGGAAGAUUUGAUCCAGAAAUUUUCCAAAUUUGAAGAACUACUUGUCCAACACCUAGCCCCUUUGUCAUGA